UUUGACUUUUCAAGAAUGGCAGGUAAAAUCAUACUGCCUAUACUGCUUCUGUCACUUUCAGCUGGAGUGACAACUCAGACAUUAGCUGGAGCGACAACUCGCAAUUCAACUGGAGUCACAAGUCCAACUGCAGCUGGAGCGACAACUCGCAAUUCAACUGGAGUCACAAGUCCAACUGCAGUUGGAGUGACAACUCGCAAUUCAACUGGAGCGACAACUCGCAAUUCAACUGGAGUCACAAGUCCAACUGCAGUUGGAGUGACAACUCGCAAUUCAACUGGAGCGACAACUCGCAAUUCAACUGGAGUCACAAGUCCAACUGCAGUUGGAGUGACAACUCGCAAUUCAACUGGAGCGACAACUCGCAAUUCAACUGGAGUCACAAGUCCAACUGCAGUUGGAGUGACAACUCGCAAUUCAACUGGAGCGACAACUCGCAAUUCAACUGGAGUCACAAGUCCAACUGCAGUUGGAGUGACAACUCGCAAUUCAACUGGAGCGACAACUCGCAAUUCAACUGGAGUCACAAGUCCAACUGCAGUUGGAGUGACAACUCGCAAUUCAACUGGAGCGACAACUCGCAAUUCAACUGGAGUCACAAGUCCAACUGCAGUUGGAGUGACAACUCGCAAUUCAACUGGAGUGACAAGUCCAACAGCUGGACCCCUCUACCCAAUUAGUGGAACAACAAGCUCUCAGUCAGAUGAUGGAAGCUCCCCACUUAUUCAACUCCUACAAACCUUUAAUUAUUUUGGCCAGUCAUACUCUCAGAUUUACGUGAACCACAACGGACAUCUGACCUUUGAUGCACCAUUGGGUAGUUAUGUUCCUCAACAAUUUCCAAUGUAUGGAAACAGAGACAUCAUUGCCCCGUUCUGGACCGAUUUAGACAACAGAGGCAAUGGUAACAUCUACUAUGCUCAGUACACCAGCGGCUCUCUUCUCCAGCAAGUUACACAGGACAUCAAUGCAUACUUCCCAACACUUAACUUUCAUGCCACCUGGAUCUUUAUUGCAACAUGGUAUGAAGUUGCCUAUUUUCCAAUGACUGGAACACGAACAACCUUUCAGGCAGUUUUGACUACCAAUGGCCAAUACUCAUUUGUGCUGAUGAAUUAUGGGUCCAUAGCAUCCACAUUAUAUUCUAUUCAGGCUGGAUAUGACACGACUGAUUCCUCCAACCACUUCACCAUCCCUGGAUCAUUCUCUAGUAAUGCAACCGGACCCUACUCAGUUUUCAGCCUCGAUAGUAACGUCAAUGUACCCGGUCGCUGGGCCUUCCGUGUAGAUCAUGGUUCAAGAGGCUGCACUUUCAAUGGUCAACCUGUUCAACGAGGUGACUCUUUCUGGAGUGACAGCACCUGUGCACAAAAGUGCACCUGUACCAGAGCAGGGCUGCAGUGCUCCAACGACCCAUGCUCCUUUUCCCAAAUCUGCCUGCCAACUUCCUUUCAGUACUCCUGUCAGACAGUGCAAAGACGUACCUGCACCAUCAGUGGGGAUCCACAUUACUACACCUUUGACAACUCAGUAUUUCACUUUCAGGGCACGUGCACUUAUGUUCUGUCAGAGCAGUGUCAGAAUGAGCUGCCCUACUAUAGAGUGGAGGGGAAGAACGAGCAUCGUGGCAGCACUCACGUUUCUUGGACACGACUGGUCAAAGUCUUUGUCUAUGAUGAAACUAUUGAGCUUGUAAAAGGACAUCCUGGUGAGGCUAAGGUGAAUGGAAGCUUUGCAACAGCUCCAUUUUCCCUCAGAAACGGCUCUAUCCAGGUUUAUCAGUCAGGUUUCUCUGUGAUUGUCAGCACUGACUUUGGCUUGAUGGUGUCUUACGACACGUCUUCAUAUGUCCGGAUCAGUGUUCCCUACACGUACCUGAACAGCACAUGUGGCCUCUGUGGAAACUUCAACAAUCACCCUGAAGAUGACUUCCGAACCCGUCAAGGUGAAGUGGUGAGCUCUGAUGUGGUUUUUGCCAACAGCUGGAAAGCAUCUGGUGAUGAUGAGCCUGGCUGUGAGGCUCAGUGUGGAGGGCUGGCCUGUGCAGUCUGCACAACAGCUCAGCUAGCACGGUACAGAAAUUCUGCCCACUGUGGUAUUAUUGAGAACAAUUCAGGACCGUUUGCUGCAUGCCACCAACAACUCCCUCCAGGACCUUUUGUGGAGAGCUGUGUGUAUGAUCUGUGUGUUGGCGGAGGGUAUCAGCCCAUUCUGUGCCAAGCCCUAAAUGUCUACUCAAGUCAAUGUCAACAAAAUGGUAUCCAGCCACAAAGCUGGCGAAGUCCUGGCUUCUGUGAAAUCCCUUGCCCUGCCAAUAGCCACUUUGAGGCCCAAGGUACAGGAUGUCCACCCACAUGUGUCAACCCUAAUUCCAGCCAGAGCUGCCCCCUCCCUAAUCAGGAGAGCUGUGUCUGCAAUCAAGGCUACCUCCUGAGUGGUGGGGUCUGUGUCCAUCAUGCUGACUGUGGCUGCACCUUUGAGGGUCACUACUACCACUCAGGAGAAACUGUCAUACUGGAUGCAGACUGUGGGCGGCGCUGUACAUGCAGUUAUGGCUCCAUGACCUGCAGCCCUCAUAGAUGUGGUCAACAUGAGUCCUGUGGGCUGCAGAAUGGAGAAAGAGGAUGCACACCAAACAACUUUGCAACAUGUUGGAUAAGAGGCCCAGGAUCAUAUGAUACAUUUGAUGGGCAGAUCUACCAGUACCCAGGAGCAUGUCGCUUGGCCCUUGCCAAGGUUAUGGUAUCUUCUAAUCACUCGUACUUCAUGGUUACUGCGGAAAAAGUUCCAAACAGGGUUCAGAGUUUUUCCAAUGUGCUGAAGUUUGAAGCAGAGGGAACACAGGUUGCCAUUGAGUUGGCCAGCAGUAGCACUGUUCGGGUUGAUGGUCAGCUGAUCAGACUGCCGUUCAGCUCUGGGUCCAACAGAAUCCGCAUCUUCCAAAGCAGCACUAACAGUAUCAUCCUUCGCACAACCUUUGGUGUAACUGUGCAGGCUGUCUGGCCCCACUUUGUGGGUAUCACUGCACCAAGUGUCUACAGUGGAUUAUUAGGUGGACUUUGUGGAAACUACAAUGAUGACCAACAUGAUGAUUUCCGUACACCCAAUGGAACUCUGGUCGGUGAUUCUCAGGUGUUUGGGGACAGUUGGCGAGAAGGUUCCCUGGCAGAUUACUGCGUGGAAAGCAGAUAUCAUAAUUCAACUGAUAAUUUUUAUUCCAAUGAGUACUGUGGAGUUCUUAGCUCACACAAUGGACCAUUUACAUCAUGUUGGAGUACAGUGGACCCAGGGAAGCAGGUAGAUGCAUGUGUAGAAAUCCUCCAAGGCUCCAGAGAUCCAGCAUCAACGCUUUGUCAGGUCCUACGAGAUUAUGCACUCAUGUGUCAACACAACGGGGUUUCCCUGGGACAGUGGAGGAAUGAAACUGGCUGUGAACUAACCUGUCCUCCAAACAGCCACUAUGAACUCUGUGGAAGUUCAUGUCCAUCUUCUUGCCCAAGCCUCUCUUUCCCCUUCACCUGUGACACUCGGUGCCAAGAUGGCUGCCAGUGUAAUGAUGGAUUAGUCCUCAAUGGUAACCAGUGUGUGCCACCAACAUCAUGUGGAUGUUAUCAUGAAGGACGCUAUCGGCAAGCUGGUGAACAAUUCUGGGUUGGUGACCAAUGUCAGAGCAAUUGCACCUGUAAUGGUGUAACUGGUGUAGUCCAGUGUUCCCCCAACGCAUGUGGACCUCAGGAGUCCUGCCGAAUUGUUCAGGGUGAGUUUGGCUGCCAUCCCAACCCUCGCGGCACCUGCUCUGCCUCUGGAGACCCUCACUACCUCACCUUUGAUGGCAAGGCCUUUGACUUCCAGGGAACCUGCCGCUAUGUUCUGGCAACAGUUUGCAAUGACACCGAUGGACUCCAUCACUUUUCUGUGAAAGCAAAGAACGAACCAUGGUUUGGGUUGCCAGUUUCUAUCACUGCUGAGGUUUUUGUUGAUGUCUUGGGCUAUGAAGUGCGUAUGUCCAGACACAACAUUGGUACUGUGGAGGUGAAUGGAAUCUUAAGAAACCUGCCAGUUGUCUUUAAUGGGAGUCUGUCUAUUUUUGGAAGUGGAUCCCAAACAUUUGUCAAUGCAGACUUUGGACUGAGAGUCACAUAUGAUGGAAGUAGCACAGUGUCCAUUUCUGUACCUCCAAACUACAGAGGAAGAAUGUGUGGACUUUGUGGAAACUUCAAUGGAAAUCAAAAUGAUGACUUCCACACCCCAAGUGGAGCAAUGGUCAACGCUGCAGAUGAUUUCGGGUCAGCUUGGAAGGUUCCUGGGAACUAUACCUGCAGUGAUGGCUGUGGCUCGUCCUGUCCACAAUGCAACGAUGACCAAUCUGCCAGGUCCCAAUGUGAGGUGAUUCAGGCAGCUGAUGGCCCCUUCAGCUUCUGCCACGAGGAGGUGGAUCCAGCACCGUAUUUCAGUGACUGCGUCUUUGAUGUAUGUGUGUCGCGAAAUCGAGGCAGUGAUCUUCUGUGCAGGGCUCUUGAAACGUACGUCAGUGCCUGUCAGUCUGCUAAUGUCCAAAUCUACCCUUGGAGACAAAACACCACCUGCAGAAUUGACUGCCCAGCCAACAGCCAUUAUGAGCUGUGUGGAACCGACUGUGGCAACACCUGUGCCAGCAGCAUUGAUGCCACCUGUGACCAUGUUUGCUCUGAGGGAUGUUUCUGUGAUGACGGUUUUUCCAGGAGUGGAGCAAGCUGUGUUCCUGUGGAGAGCUGUGGCUGCCAGUAUGAUGGCUUCUACUUCAAUGCUACGGAAUCCUUUUGGACAGACGGAUGCUCCCAGCGAUGUGAAUGUCACGCAAACAAUGUUCUGCUCUGCAAUCCUUCAUCCUGCACUCCUGCACAACAAUGCACCAUCAGAGAUGGCCAGCUGGGCUGUUACGACGCAAUGUCUACCUGUAGUGUAUGGGGUGAUCCACACUACAUCACCUUUGAUGGAGCCCUGGCUCAUUUUCAGGGAUCGUGUUCUUACGUCAUAACUGAGAGCCACAGUGACAAUGAAACCCAUUAUAGAGUUGUGGCCACCAACAAACACAGAGGAAACAACCGUGUGUCAUUUGUGUCAUCAGUUGAUAUAUACCUCACAAAACCUCCAGAGAGUGUUCAUGUCAGGCUCGGGCCUAACAAGAGAGUGCAGGUAAAUGGAGCUGAGGUUUCUCUUCCCACCACUGCUGGAAGCUUAGUUCAGGUGAAGAGGCAGGAGAGUUACUUAGUGUUUGAAGCUGUUGAUGUCAUAGUCCAGUUUGAUGGCUACAGCACUUUACUGGUCAGGAUGGCCCGCCACUUUCAGAACAGAGUCACUGGGAUGUGUGGGAACUUCAAUGGUGAUCCCAGUGAUGACAAGGUGUUGCCCAACGGUGCAUUGGCCCAAAAUGACAAUGACUUUGGCCACAGCUGGAAGUCAGAGACAAGCCAAGCAGGAUGUGGAUCCACUGAUCAGGAAAGUGGCGAUGUAUUGAGUGACUGUCGCUUUAGAGAGGAAUACACCGAACUCUGCAGAGUCAUUACCAACACCAGCGGUCCAUUCAGUUCCUGUCAUCUGCACUCUGACCCGCAGCCAUUUUUCACUUCCUGUGUUUAUGAUCUUUGCCUCUACACGCCAGCCAAUGGCAUGCUGUGUUCUGCUGUUUCUGCUUAUGAGAAAACCUGCUCCAUUUUGGGCCUGAACAUCCCUGACUGGCGACCUCCUUUGCACUGUGCUGAGACAGACCCAUGUGAACAGCUGGACUGUGCAGAGUAUGAGUGGUGUGGUAAGAAAGAUGGUGUGUACGGCUGUUUCUGUGAUGAAAACCAUCAUAGACCCAACAAUGAGAGCUACGAUUCGAACAUCAUAUGCUCCAGCAGUUCAGGCACCAUGUCAGUAUCUCGCUGCCAGCUGUUUGAAGCUGGUUUCCACUCCAGCGCUCUCCAUCUCCAAGAUGACUCCUGCAAUGGGACUCUCCAGGAUGGACGGCUCGUGUUUCACUUUGACAAUGACAACCAUCUGUGUGGGACGGCUCUUCAGAGCAAUGGAACUCACUUCAUGUAUGAGAACACCAUUCAGGGGAAUGUGGAUCCUCAUGGUGGUCUGAUCAGCCGUCAGAGGAACCUUCAUCUGCGUUUCUGCUGUGUUUACCCUCUGGCUCAGGCCCUGUCAAUGGCUGUGGGCAUCAAUCCUCUGGAGAGCAUUUUGAGGAAGAAGCUACCGGUUGGCACUGGAUCAUAUCGUAUGAGGAUGAUCCCCUAUGAGGACGAAGGCUUCCUCUUCCCCCUCAGCACUAACAGAAACAUAGAAAUGGAAGUUGAUGAGAUGUUUUACAUAGAGGUGCGAACAGAGGGAGUGGAUCAGCACCAGUUUGCCACAGUUCUGGAUUCUUGCUGGGCCACACCGGUCAACCACCCAAGCUACCCUGUCCGCUGGGAUCUCAUUAUUUCAAACUGUCCUAAUCCAGAGGAUGGAACCGUAGAGGUGAUUCAGAAUGGUGUCUCCACUGUGGCACGUUUCUCCUUCAGGAUGUUCACCUUUACCAACCACACAGAGAUUUUCUUGCACUGCAGUGUCAACUUGUGUCUUUUGAGAAACAACAACUGCACAGCUCACUGCUAUCCAGGUCACCACACCCGAUUCAGGAGGGACAUAUCUUACCAUGACUCUGCUGCUAUGUCAAUUGGACCUCUAGUCCUCAGGGCACAACAGAACACUGGUACACUAAUCCAAAGAAAUGGUGCUCCAGGCCUUCUGACAUCAAUUGUUACCCUGAUUGUCAGUUUUCUGAUGACCAGAAUUUUGGCAAAUUGAGAUAAAAAAAGACUCAUACUUUAAAAUCUAGUAAAACUUUGUUACUUUUGAUUUUUGUUGGUGAGAGGCGUUUUCUGGGUUUUGGUAUAUACUCAUAAUUAGGUGCAAAAGAAGAAAUUUUGCAACAUCUGUGGCACCAUUGUGCUUUAAACCAUUUGUGUUUCUUUUGUGGGAUUUGCUUAAUCAUGAUUUGUUGGUUAUAUCAGACAAUGUGAACUAUUAUGUGUUGUGGGUUUUAAGGUUACAUAUAUUUAGAGCUCAUUAAUGUUUACAGUAAUACUCUCAAAGUGUCAAACUGGAUGAAAUUAAGAUUUUCUUGGGGCAUUGCAGUGCAGCGGUAGAUCGGGCGCCCCACAUACAGAGGCUAUAGUCCUCGACGCAGCUGUCCUGGGUUCGAUUCCUGACCCUGAUUUAUAGCCUUAACAAGCUAUUCACGUUCAAAUAUCUUUCAAUAUUGCAGAAAUAAAAUCAAUACUACAACAGAGAGUGAGCCAAAAUUACUCCACAGCAAUAUAAAAGACUCAGUGCUAGUCAUCACAAACACUUGAUGACGGUUGUUGCUGCUAAGGAUGGGACAAGCAGUUAUUAUGUUUACUUUUUUGUAUAAGAUCUGGUUGGUUUGAAAGCUUUUUUCCUCUUAAUAAAGAAAAUUACAAUUUAAAAA